CAAACCCCUGUGUCUCCCGACUCUCUCUACUCCGGUUUUUUUUUUUUUACUUCUCUUGUCAUUCCGCAAUAGUUUCCUUCAAUCUCUACCACCCGUGUGCUUUCAUAAUGGCGGCCUCCAGCGAGUUCGCGUCUGCCAUGACCACCCGGUCGCUCCGCAUGGUCCGGACCGUACUAAUUCAACAUCAUCCAGGAACUGGAAUUUCUUGCCGAUGCCUCUGUGAUCACUCCCCGCCAGCUCUCCUCUAUUCUAUCACAGCUACCCGCCGAUUCCGAGGCCUCUCGGGCGGUGCACGCAUCACCUUCGCCGCCCCGACAGCACGCACAGCCUGCGCCUGUUCAACAUGUCCCAGUGCAAGCGCAGCCCCUCCGGCCCCCUACACGCCCUCAUACUCGCCUCCUGUCUCACAGAUGGCCAAUGCGUCGGUGAAUGAGAAAGCCCACUUGCACAAUCAAUACGCAAGCCAACCCCCGCAGGCCCCGCCAGCUUAUCCCCAAGUCCCGCCAGUCCUUGGUCUCGCCUCGGCCAUGUACGCAUACACACCUACCGAUGCCGGUGACUUGGCCUUGCAGCCGCAAGAUCGCAUUCAGAUUACCGAGCACAUGAAUGACGACUGGUGGCGUGGUCGCAAUGAGCGGACUGGCCAGGAGGGUAUCUUCCCUCGAAGCUACGUGAACAUUGUGAAUGAGAAGGCUGGUCUUUCUUCGCCCCCGCCUACAAACUAUGGAAAUAUGCCUCUUGCAGUUAGCCAGAGUGGACAGCCUGAAAACCCCGAGGACCCAAAGAAGAACAAGAUCGAGGAAGGAGGAAAGAAGUUCGGAAAGAAACUGGGCAAUGCCGCAAUAUUCGGUGCCGGUGCUACUGUUGGCUCCAACAUCGUGAACAGCAUCUUCUAAUCAUACGGCCACGCUAUUUUGCUAGGCAUUUUGCUUCGUAUUCACUUUCAUUCUACGGCGUUGGUGGCUUGAAUUCUUUUGCUUUGAAUGGAUUGACUGGGCUCAAUCAGCAUCGCUUAUUGGCAGGCUUAUAACCAAGGAUUUCAGGGCCCCCAGUGUUCAAAUGCUAAUUAGCUCUUCAUUGCGAUACGAUCCCGGCUUAGGGUUACACACAUACUUAUCUCAGCCAAUGAAUUUCCUCAUAUUCUGGAUCACAUCAAAAUUUACUAAAGCUUGAAUAAUGCAGCUACAAAGGGGUUACCUAUGUACGUCAUUAGAUCACCCGAUGGAAGC